AUAAAUCUACCUACAUUUUACUUUGUUUUCUUGUUUUUAUUGAACUAUUUUCCUGUCCUGUCUGUCUCUCAUCUUCCUGCAUCUCCUCUAAACUCUCCAGAAAAUCUGCUGCCUGGAUUCUUACUUUUUCACCUCAUCAGUUACUUCUGAGCAGAUCAAAGGGAUCUCCUGACCGCAAAGCGGAGAGCGCGUUUCGAUGCUGCGUCAGUGAGGUGAAAUCUCCGCAGCACAGGUCAUGAGGUCCGCAGUAGCAGAGCGCUACAGGCACAAAUAAGACAGAAAGUUGAGAACAUGAGCGGACAUGAACGAUCAUGGGUUAAUUAUAGUUUUUUGGUUGCGCCACUUUGAGAAUGGACAGUGCGCUGGACGCAGCUGCCUGGAGCGCUGCGCAAUAACGCGCUGUGCUGCUGUCAGUGCUCUAUGCUCAAAAGAGUCCAUAAAUGAUGUAAUAUCGGUAGAACACUUUUUUCCGGCUCCCCUGGAUGUGUAGGAUAUACAGCUCCCCCAUAAUUCGAUCCCUGCUCCUGGAUGAAAAACCGGACAUUUUCAUCAAUACAAGAACCCCCAGUCCGGACGCCCGGACAGAGUGAAAAGUGGACACGGUCCAUCUCCUUUACUUUUUGUAUUGUUUUCUCUCUAUAAACAUGCUGUUAACUUGCUUUGCACAUCUUCUAAUUGAAAUCUGUCUUUAUCAUAUAUAUAUUAUUUUUUCAUAAGCUUGCGUUUGGUGCCGCUCCCCCGGCGUGGUGCCCUACGCGCUAUGCGUGGUGUGCGUGUGCGGAGCGCCGGCGCUGGCGGUCAGUAAGUGUAUUCUCAUGCGUCUGCUCAAUCAGGGAACCUCUGGGUCAAUGUUCUGCUCUAAACUUUGCAUUUAACUUUGUAACUUUUAUUACUUUGAGACUUUUGUGUGUUUUAGCGAGCUUUUUCACUGUGGCUGCCAACCGGAGAGUUGUUUAUGCCCCCCACAAGCAAGAAACAGCUACGGAGAGUAGUGAGGGACAAAUAGGGAGUGUAAUAGGGAGUGUAAUCCUGACAAGAGAAUGCAUGAGAUGAGGAUACUUAAUGAAUUUAGCUUAACAUGGUAGAUUUUUUUUCUCCAGAAAAGUAAUAAUUGCUGGUAAUAUUGUGGAUGAUAGGAUAUGAUCCUCCUCUAGAUACAAAAUAAAUUAUUUUACAUUAAUUAUAAUUAUAUGAUUAACUGAAAGUACCUGUGGGACAUGUGGGCGAUGGUGGCACAGGAGUUAAGUGCUCCCCCGUAACCGGAAGGUUGCAGGGUCGAGCCUCACUCAGUCUUUUGCUGCCAUUGUGUCCUUGGGCAAGACACUUAACCAACCUUGCCUGCUGGUGGUGUUCGUAAGGCCACAAAGCCGGGUGAAAUGUCUUACUUACAGACAAUGACAAAGGCUACGAAUGAGCUAGGAUCAAAAAAGCAAACCUCCAGUUUCUGGACAACGCUCUAUACCUCUCAAGCCAUUGCUGCCCUUCUUAAUUAGCGUUCAAAAGGCAAGUCACCCCCUUUUCAGUUUUUAUUUGCUGAUGAACUGUAUAAAAGAGUUGUCUAAUUUCAUUUUUGGUUCUUUUUUGAAACACAGAUAAGGUUGUCGCCCUCUGCUGCCCGCUCUCCCCUCUCCGAUGAUGCAGUCGCAUGCACGAUCCAAUGUGUAAACCCCAUCGUCUCUGUUCAUGGUCCCACAUCAGACCAUGAACAGAGACGAUGUCUAAUUUAAAAUGUAAAGGAAAAUUUAAACUUAUGAUUCUUUCAUAAAGGUGAAUUAUGAAAAUGGCAUAACAAAUAUAGACAAUGAGAAUAUUCUCAAAGCUCAGAGGACACACGCAGCAUAUUGUGCAUGCUGCGUCAUAAAAGGCGUAGCCAAAGUUUGCUGGUCGAGGGUUGAUUGUGUUUGUUCAUCCACCUGAUGCACAAUAGAAGUUUAUAAGCCAGUUUGAACACGUUUACACCCACACACAUUCACACAAGGAAUGGAGAUUCAGACUCUGUUUAUUGGUUUGAGUGCAGUAGGGAUUUCCCUGGAUCUGAUGUCGGUUGUUGUCUUUGGUGUUUUGCUGGAUGAUCAGAGAGACACCACCGAACCAAUAGAGACUCUGACUGGUAUUGGUGUUAGCACGGAGGCUUCAUUAAUGAAAUGUACUUUGCAGGGUACACCUCGUUCACCUGCAUUCUCAAAGGAAGGUGACUUUGUUAUCGGAGGUGCUUUUUUCAUUCAUUACUCAAUGCAAACUGUGACUUACAGCUACACAACCAAACCUGAUACUCUGAUGUGCACAGGAAGCUUUAACGGUCGGGACCUGCGUUUUUCUCGUGCGAUGAUUUUUGCCAUUGAGGAGAUAAACAACAGCACAGAGCUGCUGCCAGGCAUUAAUGUUGGAUACCAGAUCUAUGAUAACUGUGCUUCAGUACUUGUGGCAACUCAAGUAGCAUUUGAACUGUUAAAUCGUCAGGAUCCUGUGUUUUACAAAGACAGCAAUUGUUCCCAGAAUGGUGCAGUGACGGCUGUCAUCGGAUCCUCUGAAUCCACACCAUCUAUCAUCAUGUCACGCAUCAUUGGGGCCUUAAACAUCCCCUUGGUCAGCCACUUUGCUACUUGCAUCUGUUUGUCAAACAAGCAGCAGUUCCCAACGUUUUUCCGAACAAUUCCCAGUGACCAGUUCCAGGCUGAUGCACUGGCCAAGCUGGUGAAACACUUUGGCUGGACUUGGAUAGGUGCUGUCCACUCAGACUCAGACUAUGGAAAUUAUGGGAUGGCAUCGUUUCUUGCUGCAGCGCAGAGAGAGGGAAUCUGUGUGGAAUAUUCUGUGUCCUUCUUUCGAACCGACCCACGUAGCAAGAUCCAGAGGGUUGCUGAUGUCAUCCGCAGGUCAACAGCAAUGGUUGUAGUAGCAUAUACAGCCCCUGGAGAUACGCCUGUUCUAUUAGAGGAGUUGGCUCGAGAUCCUCCGCCACCGCAUCAGUGGAUAGGAACUGAGGGCUGGAUAACUGACCAACAACUCAUGGGCUACAGUUUCUGUGCAGGAGCCUUUGGAGUUGCUAUUCCAAAGUCAGUCAUUCCGGGACUGAGAGAGUUUUUACUGGAUCUUUCCCCCAGUGAGGUAGCCUCCUCCCCAGUGCUUUCUGAAUUCUGGGAAGAUGCAUUCCAAUGUACAUUAAUAAAAGAUGCUGUCUCAAGUAAAAGAGUGUGUGAUGGAACUGAAGAUGUAAGAAAACUCAAGAACCCGUACACUGACACAUCUCAAUUAAGAGUUACAAACAUGGUGUACAAGGCUGUCUAUGCAAUAGCUCAUGCUAUUCACAAUGCAGUGUGUCACAAAACCAAUCUCACGAUUAAGUGUGACAAACACAACAAACUGGAGUCAAAAACGGUUUUAACUGAACUAAAGAAAGUAAGCUUUACCCACAAUGGAUAUCCCGUGUCUUUCGAUGCUAAUGGAGAUCCUGUAGCUUUUUAUGAGCUGGUCAACUGGCAGAAGAGAGAGAGUGGAGUUAUUGAGCUGGUAACAGUAGGGUACUAUGAUGCAUCACUGCCUAAAGGACGGGAGUUCCGUAUAAUUAGGGAUAUAACCUGGUUUGAUGGCAGCUCACAGCUGCCAGCAUCAGUGUGUUCAGAGAGUUGUACCCCUGGGACACGCAAAAUGCUGCAGAAAGGAAAACCAGUAUGUUGCUAUGAUUGUAUACCAUGUCCUGAAGGAGAGAUUAGUAACACAACAGAUUCUCCAGACUGUUCCCCGUGUCCCAGUGAAUUGUGGCCUAAUGCACAAAGAGACGCUUGUUUCCCCAAACCUGUGGAGUUUCUUUCCUAUGAUGAAGUCCUGGCAAUCAUCCUGGCUGCAUUCUCUGUUAGUGGGGCCUGUCUGGCCAUCAUAACAGCAGCUAUUUUCUUUCAUCACAGAACAACUCCAAUUGUCAGAGCCAACAACUCUGAGCUGAGCUUCCUGCUGCUCUUCUCUCUGACUCUGUGUUUCUUAUGUUCAUUAACUUUCAUCGGAGCUCCCUCUGAUUGGUCCUGCAUGCUGCGACACACAGCGUUUGGUAUCACCUUUGUUCUCUGUAUCUCCUGUGUUCUUGGCAAAACUGUAGUGGUUUUAAUGGCCUUUAAAGCUACACUUCCAGGUAGUAAUGCCAUGAAAUGGUUUGGGCCUCCACAGCAAAGAAUGACUGUUGUGUUUUUCACAUUUAUUCAAAUUAUAAUCUGUACUGUGUGGCUGUUACUCAGCCCUCCAUUCCCAAUGAAGAAUCUGAGCACAUACAAGGAGAAGAUCAUCCUGGAAUGUGCAUUAGGUUCUGCUGUUGGGUUCUGGGCUGUGCUCGGGUACAUUGGCCUGCUGGCUGUUUUCUGCUUUGUGUUAGCUGUUCUAGCUCGGAAACUACCUGAUAAUUUUAAUGAAGCCAAGCUGAUAACCUUCAGCAUGCUGAUAUUCUGUGCAGUGUGGCUCACCUUCAUCCCAGCAUAUGUCAGCUCUCCUGGAAAAUUGACUGUAGCUGUGGAGAUAUUUGCUAUUCUGGCCUCCAGUUUUGGACUGAUUCUGUGUAUAUUUGCUCCAAAGUGUUUCAUCAUCUUAUUUCAGCCUGAGAAGAACUCUAAGAAAUCUUUGAUGAACAAGAACUAAAUGUAAUAAAAACAACAUUUAAAAAAAAAUCCAAAAUGUAAUCAGUGCUCUAAAAUGUUAAACUGCUUCCCUCUGUUGACUUAUUUUUUUGUAAUCAUAAUUUGCAUUCAGGAAUAAAUGUGUGGGGGAAAAAAUCAUUUUCAUCUUUUAAAUAUUUUCUACUUUGCUCAAAAGGCGUCUUUUUUUAGCCUAAUCAUGUCCAACAGCUAAAUUAUCUGUGUGUGGUCAAAGAGAUACAAUAGACCCAUGGUUAUUGUAACCAGAGCCUUGUCAGUGGAUUGAAGGAGGUGGAAUCCAUAUCAUACUGUACCAAAUUUAUUUAUAAAGCACAUUUAAACACAGUCAACAAUGUAAACAAAUAGUAAGAACAUUUUUAUGGGUGAGGAAAUGCAAGGUCAUAAAACUUAGGUCUUAAAUACACUUGGAUACAGUUUGGAUUCCUGGAAGUGAAUCAUCAUGUGUCUUUCCUUUCUUUCCAUUGAGGACCCAGAGGACAUGUGGUUUGGAGUUAUGAUUGGAGAGGAUUAGGGUCAUAAAAGGCAUAACCAAAGAUUCCUGAUGGUGUUUUGUGUUGAACCACAACGUCAUGCACAAAGGAAGCUUUAUAAACU